AUGUCUUAUUACGAUAAUCAGCAAUGGUCUGCCGCUGGGCAACCAUCUUGGGAGCAACAAACCCCGCCAGCUCGUUCUGGUGCCAACUCAGUUGCUCCGCGCGAGGACUCCACGGCAUUCAGCACACAAAUUGAGGAGGUCGACCGUGCCAUUGACAACUUAGUCAAGAGCGGAAAGAUGUUCAACCUACCAGCUGGUGGUCGUCGCGAUUCCAUGCCAGUGGUUGGUCCUUCAAGAACCUUCCCGGAACAAUUUGAUCCUCGAAUGACUGCCGGUCCUCCAAGACACCACUCAGUUAGCGAUUUCGGCGGUGAUGCUCGGUCUUUCUCGGGAUCCAAUCUCCAGAACUUCUAUGCGAGUCAGCGACACCAACCUUCGAGAGGCGCAAAUGAAGCCGAACAAGUGAUGCAGGCGAAGAGGAGAAUGGCGGCUCAGCCUGAGAUCUUGGGUGGCAAGCCAGACCGUAUCGCAAGCCCAGGAAGCGGCAUGAGCGAGGAAGAACGCCGUGAGUUGAUUGCCCGUCAGAGAAGUGCUCUUUACGGAGAGGGUCCAGCAUUCAAUGCCGAAAAUGGCGGUUUUGAUGAAAAUGGUACACCACGCCCAACAACUCAAGGGUCUACCACUCAAACCCUUAACCCUGCCCCUGGUGCUAUUCGUGGACACUCCCCUCUUGCCUUUGACCACUUCAAUGCCAAGCUACCCAGGCCGAAAACUCAAAUCAGCAAAAUACUACGGAGCCUCAAUCAGCUACAACCGCACAGGCUCCGGGUCAACAACGAUCUCGCGCUAAUAGCACAUCUUCUCCGUCGUCCAACCCUACCAGCUUUAGUCUUUUCGAAUCUGCUGCUCAGCAGUCUAGUCGGACUUCGACUUCCUCCCCUGGUGGGUCCCCGCCACGCCAAGGAGGAUGCAAGAACGACUUCCGCUUCGUCAAAUCCAAACUCGCAAGGACAGACUGAAAGUGGAUUGGGUUGGGGAUCCAAGAGUGGUGUUUGGGGUAACAAGAAUCUUGGUGUACAGGCUUCGGUAUGGGGAUAA